AUGCUAGCCGUCCAAAAUCUCCGUGUCGAAUUCGGCGCCCGCGUCCUCUUUUCCGAUCUUACCUUUUCCGUCGGAGAAAAAGAACGCAUCGCCUUCGCCGGGCACAAUGGAGCGGGGAAAUCCACCCUCAUGAAGUGCAUCGCCGAUAUUAUCCAACCCAACGGCGGCACCAUUACCCACCCCAAAGGAUUCCGCAUCGGCUACCUCCCCCAAGAAGGCAUCCACGUCAGUGGCAUCACCCUCUACGACGAAACAGAAUCCGCCUUCGCCGAAGCAAAAUCCCUCCAAAAAGAAAUCGACCGCCUCUCCGCCGAGCUCCCCGACCUCGACCCCCGCUCCGCCCCCUACUCCGAUCUCCUAAACCGCAUUGGCGAGCUCGAACUCCAACUCGACGGACACGACCCCGCCCGCCUUCGACCUAAAAUUGAAUCCAUCCUCGCUGGCCUAGGUUUCAGUAAAUCCGACCUCACCCGCGACUGCGGCGAAUUCUCUGGCGGCUGGCAAAUGCGCAUCGCCAUGGCCAAGCUCUUCCUCCUCCAACCCGAAGUCCUCCUCCUCGACGAACCCACCAACCACCUCGACAUCACCACCCAACGCUGGGUCGAAAACUACCUCCACAACUACAAAGGCGCCCUCAUCCUCAUCUCUCACGACCGCUCCCUCAUGGACGGCCUCACCACCCGCACCCUCGCCUUCCACCGGGGCCGUGCCGAGGAAUUCACUGGCAACUAUUCCUCCUACGAAACCCAACUCGCCGAACGACAAGAAAUCCUCCUCAAACAAUACAAAUCCCAACAACGAGAAAUCGAAAAAACCGAAGCCUUCAUCAACCGCUUCCGCGCCCAAGCCAACAAAGCCUCCCAAGUCCAAUCCCGCAUCAAACAACUUGCCAAAAUAGAACGCAUCGAAAUCGAACAACAAGACGCCACCGUCGAUUUCCGCUUUCCCCCACCUCCAGCCUCUACUCGCCUCGUUGCCAAACUCGAAAAAUCUGCCCAACAAUACGGCGAACUCACCGUCUUCCAAGACUUCGAUUUUGAAAUCACUCAAGGUGAAAAAAUCGCCAUCGUCGGCCCCAACGGUGCUGGUAAAUCCACCUUCUGUCGCCUCAUCACCGGAGAAGAAACCCCCAGCCAAGGCCUCCAAGAACUUGGCCCCAAAACCCUCCCCUCCUUCUUCAACCAGAACCACGCCGACGAACUCGACCCCGACCUCACCGUCCUCGAAACCGUCGAAAAAAUUUCUACCCGAGGUGCAUCCCUUUCCGCCCGCGACGUCCUCGGCUGCUUCCUCUUUCGCGGAGACGACGUCUUCAAAAAAAUCGGCGUCCUCUCCGGCGGCGAGCGCUCCCGCGUCGCCCUCGUCCGCAUGCUCGUCCGCCCUGCCAACUUCCUCAUCCUCGACGAGCCCACCAACCACCUCGACAUGAAAUCGCAGGACAUCCUCCAGCGAGCCCUCAUCGACUACCCCGGCACCCUCCUCAUCGUCUCCCACAACCGUGACUUCCUCGACCCCAUCGUCGCCAAAACCCUCGAAUUCCGCCCCGCCAAAGCCCCCCGCCUCUUCCACGGCAACCUCACCUACUACCUCGAAAAAACCGAAGAAGUCGACCGUGAACUGGACCUCCGAUCCAGUCCCCAAAAAACUCAGUCUUCUGGAAAAACUGGACCAGAGGUCCAGUCCACGAACAUCUCCUCCAAAGCCCGCCGCCAACAAGAAGCCGCCCUCCGUCAAAAACGCAACACCCUCCUCAAGCCCCUCCAACAAGAACUCGAAACUGUCGAAAAAAACAUCGCCGAACUCGAAGCCGCCCAAGCCAUCCUCCUCAAACACCUCGAAUCCCCCAAAGUCACCUCCGACCCCGAAAAACUCCAAGAAACCACCCACGCCUACCAAAACAUCUCCCAAAAACUAGAAACCGCAUAUUCGGACUGGACCACAUUGAGUGACAAAAUUGAGCAAACCGAGGCGAGUCUCAGCUAA